GCGUUUCCGCCUCUCCCACCUAUAAAUCCGCCACCCCUUGUCUACUAUACUCUUGAAUGCAUUCUUCCUCUACCCGUUUCUAGACCGCAUCCCCCCGAAUCGAAUCCAUCGAAAGGGGGCGGAGGAAUCUAUGGCGGCGACGACGGCACCCCCCUCCUGCGAGAUCGCGCGCCUCCCGGAAGACCUCCUCGCGGCGUCGAUCGCCCGCACCACGCCGCGGGACGCUUGCCGCGCCGCCGCAGUCUCGCCGGCCUUCCGCGACGCGGCCGACUCCGACGUCGUCUGGGCCCGCUUCCUGCCGCGUGACCUCCCGCCGCUCGCCGACGGGGAGCUCUCCCCCGCGCCGCCGUCCAAGAAGGCGCUGUUCAUGCGCCUCACCGACAGCCCCGGCGUCCUCCUCGCCGACGGCCUCAUAAGCACGUGGUUGGACAGGGAGACCGGCGCCAAGUGCUACAUGAUCUCGGCGAGGGCGCUGUGCAUCAUUUGGGGCGAUACGCCGCAGUACUGGCGCUGGAUCCCUCUCACUGACUCCAGGUUCUCAGAAGGUGCUGAGCUCCGGGCUGUUUGCUGGUUGGAAAUACGUGGCAAGAUAGACUGCAAGAUGCUCUCGCAAAACUCAACUUAUACCGCUUACAUGUUGUUCAAGAUUUCUGAUGAAUCCUAUGGGCUGGAUUCUCCACUCCAGGAGGCUGCAGUUAUCAUUGGGGAAAACAAAUUAACUCGUCAGGUUUGCCUCCAAGGUCAUGAGAAUGAGGGUGAGGAUGAAGAAGAGGUGCCUCAGAAUUACCGAUCUCUUAUGGUUCCAGCCAUCCGACGAAGGUUAAGGAGAAGAAACCGUCGUAUGCCUCCUGGAGUGAUUGUGCCUAAGAAAAGGGCUGACGGCUGGAUGGAGAUGGAGAUGGGUGAAUUCAAGAAUGAAGAAGGUGAAGAUGGUGAGGUGUCUAUCAGUCUCAUGGAGACAAGAGGAGGCAACUGGAAGAAAGGUCUUAUUUUGCAGGGCAUUGAAAUUAGAGCAAAGAAAUAAGACUGGGAGGGUGGGAUAUAGUCUUUGCACAUCAAAGUAAAUAAAUAAGGUGUUCUGCAGCAUCUUGCAUUGGUGUGCGAUGUGCUGUGUUUAGCAACGAGCUGCAAACUACACUCUAAAGGUGUGUCCAGGUUCUUUAGGGAAAACAAAGUACUGCAGUUUUGUACAAAUUAUGGUGUCCCAGAUCAGUUAGUGCUUGUCUGCAUGAUAACUGGCAACGUUUGGUUCAGAAAAUGUAACUGCCCUGUUUAGUUCCCAACAAAUUUUCUAUAGUACCCGUCA